AUGAAGAUGGAGAAAAGGUGGCCUCCCUGUGCGUUGUAUUUGUUCAUCCUAACACAUCAUGUUGCUGGCCAGCUUGAAGGCACCAUGAUAAACACAGAAGCAGUCCAUGCUUUCCCUGGCAGUGAUGUGACUCUGGAAUGCAGCAUCCUGAGCGCAGAUGGGAUCCAUGUGACACAAACACAAUGGUCAAAGAUCGAUGAUACGCCACCCAGUAGAAUAGCUGUAUAUCACCCUACGUAUGGCAUUAGAUACUUACCUUUUUCUAAGACUUCUUAUAACUAUUCAGUGGCUUUCAAUAAGACUCCCCGCCAUUGCUGGGUAGAUGUUAACAAGACUUGGAGUUCCCAUGAUGCCGGAGCAAACCAGGUGGAAUGCCAACAGUGGAGUCUACAUUUGCGUAAUGUUAGUCUCUCACUCAGUGGGCAGUAUGAGUGUAGCUUUGCUACCUACCCAUAUGGGACAAAGGCUGCGGAAAUUAAUCUUACUAUCAAGGCAGAAGAUGAGAAGCACUAUGGGGUCGUGGAAAUGCUAUUUAAUGAAACAUUGGAAAUUCCAUGCCUUGAGAACAUGACUUCCGUAAAUUUGUCCAAGUAUCCUUUGAAAUGGCUAAUGGGGGAAAAUGGACGUGAAGAAACAACUCUUAUAAUCAAAGAAUUCUACCACCAGGAUGUGAAUAAGACUGAUAGCCUGUUGUAUAAGGAAAGAAUUCAGCUAGGUCCAGACAGUGCACUAAAGAUUUCCCCAAUCAAAAUUGUUGACGAUGGCAAGGUGUUCUCUUGCCGUGUGAUGUACCAUCCUGAAAGAAUCCUGACGAACAUCACCAAAGUGAAAGUAUUUGCCAAGCCAGAAAUCUCCAUUACCCUCCAAAAUAGUUCCAGUGGCAGCGUUGGGGAGGCUAGUCUUACCUGUAUUGUAAGGAAGGCAUUUCCCAAGCCGAGCCUCACAUGGUAUGUGGAUGGAGAGAUUCUUAAAGACCAAUUUGGAGGAAUAUCUAUUGAAGCUGAAAAUCUACAAGAUGGUGAAGGUUUCUAUGAAUUGAGAUCAAUACUGAAGAUACAAAGUACAAACCAGUCAGGCACUAAUCAGACUUUCUGGUGUACGUGUAGUUUUCCCUUCCGGGGGAAUAAAACGUGGAAUAUUUCAUCUGGAGAAAUAGUAAUUUCUUCUGGCCAUGUAUAUAACAAAGUGCUGUUUCCAGCUUUUACAACCACAGCUACAAAAGAUCCUGGAAUUUCAACAUUUCCAUCAAGAAUCAUGGCUACCACAGGACUUCAAACUACAUCUUCAACUUCCCUAGACUUCACAAGCCCAGUAACCUCUGAAUCUGUUUCCACUGCACAAAGCCAGUUUGAUUCUGCCACAGAUACACAAGGCUAUACCAACACCAUAGCCUCCAGUGAGAGUGAAACAUCACAGCGACUGAGUGACCCUACUACUGCAGCCCAACAGAGCAACGUGAAUACAACCCUCUCCAGGGAGAAUGUAACCUUGCCACACCGGAAUCUGUCCUCCAGCACAAUGGUUGAUCCAGCUUUAUUUACUAAACUUGAUCGUUUAUCAACUACAAGGAAACUGAUUAAUGGUACUGGCAUGGUGGGGAAUGCAGAGAAUACUCGCUUCUCCUGGCCUGCGGUUGUAGCAGUCUUGCUUCUGUUUUGUUCUUUUCUAAUCAUUUUAGGAAUCAGAAAAUGGUGUCAGUACCAAAAAGAAAUUAUGAACAGACCUCCAUCUUUCAAGCCACCACCACCUCCAAUAAAGUACACAUCCAUGCUAGAAUCUGAUGGAACUACCCCAUCCUGCCAUGAACUGGAAACUUUGUAA